AUGCCCCCGAAGAAGGCUGUCGUCGAGGAAAAAAUUCUGCUGGGCCGGCCCGGCAACAACCUGAAGAGUGGCAUUGUCGGUCUUGCCAAUGUUGGCAAAUCAACGCUUUUCCAGGCCAUCACCAAGAGCGACCUAGGCAACCCGGCCAAUUUCCCUUAUGCUACGAUCGACCCCGAGGAGGCGCGCGUCAUCGUGCCGGACGAUCGCUACAACUGGCUGGUUCAGAAGUACAACCCCAAGUCGCGUGUUCCUGCCAACUUGACUGUGUAUGAUAUUGCCGGUCUGACGCGCGGCGCUUCUACGGGUGCUGGCCUGGGCAACGCUUUCUUAUCGCACAUUCGCUCCGUCGACGCCAUCUUCCAAGUUGUGCGGUGUUUCGACGAUGCUGAGAUUAUCCACGUUGAGGGUGACGUGAACCCGACGCGGGAUCUUGACAUUAUCAGCGAGGAGCUGCGGCUGAAGGACAUUGAGUUUGUCGAAAAAGCUCUGGAGAACCAGAAGAAGAAGACCCGGCAAGGUGGCCAGAGUUUGGAACAGAAGAAGGCGCGCGAGGAGGAGGCCACGAUUGAGAAGAUCUUGGCAUGGCUGAAAGACGGCAAGGAUGUCCGGAAGGGCAACUGGACGCCCAAGGAGAUCGAGGUCAUCAACCCUCUGUUCCUCCUGUCGGCCAAGCCUGUCGUCUACCUCGUUAACCUGUCCGAGAAGGACUUUAUCCGCAAGAAGAACAAGCACUUACCCAGUGUCGCGGCGUGGAUCAAGGAGCAUGCUGAUGGCGACCCGAUCAUCCCCAUCUCUGUUUCCUUCGAGGAGCGUUUGACCCGCUUCGAGACGGAGGCCGAGGCCGCUGAGGAGGCUAAGAAGCUUGGCGUCGAGUCCGUCCUGCCAAAGGUUAUCCUGCAGAUGCGCAAGGUCCUCAACCUGGGUAGCUUUUUUACUGUCGGCCCCGACGAGGUGCGCCAGUGGACCAUCCGCAAUGGCACCAAGGCGCCGCAAGCAGCUGGUGUCAUCCACACGGACUUUGAAAAAACGUUCAUCCAAGCCAUCGUCUACAACUACAAUGUUUUGCAUGAGCUGGGCGACGAGUCUGAGGUCAAGGCCAAGGGCAAGGUUAUGACCAAAGGCAAGGACUACGUUGUUGAGGACGGCGACAUCCUGCUCAUCAAGGCCGGUGCGGCCAAGAGCUAA